ACCUGACGUAGGAUGUUCAACACGCACCUGCUAGGAAACACAAAGCAGGCAAACAGAAAGCAAACUCUGAAACUGGAUUAUGAGUUUAAACUCUGAAUCAAGAGGUUGAAAGCUGGUUUAUGGAGGAUAUGGAUGGAGUACUAACGAUGUGACGCGCAUGUUCUUUUUAUUUUAACAUUGUUUACGGACUUUAACGUAUAGCGCAACUUCUGCUAUUGUUAAGUUAGCAGGAUAAAGUCCAGGUUCCAAAAGGGCAGGAUGCGGUGUGCCUGGUACUAUUUACUCCUUGCUGUCUAACUUUUGUCCAUCCUCUAUUUGAAAGGCCGAAGUGUCUUUCGAUAGUUGAUUUUUGAGUUCUUAUUUUUUAUUGAAUGCGACCCCACUGGGGAUUAGGAAGUUGUACUCGCACGUUUAGGAGAACGGUCUUAACCUCUUAUUUUCAAAAGCUCCAGCAGGGUUUUCCAUUGUUCAAUCGAUUUUGUCAUACUUGGAGAACAUAGAGAACGCAUUUGUAUGUUUGAUCUAUCAAGGACAAUCUUCUUUAUCUGAGGUAUGGUAGUCCAGAGUGCCCAAAUCAUCAGAACUCUUUUACCAGCAAAUUCUUACAUAAUGCCAGCUAAUCAACUUGAGGAGGUUCACAUGAUAAAUAUGGUGCCCAGAGAGAACAAAGUCCAAGAUGUAGUACCAGAGGUUCACACGGAGGAGCAGGAAUUAGAAUCAUUGUCCUCUGGAUUCUGUUCCAGUCCGGGUGGUUGCACAGACAGCACAGAUGAUGAUGGAGAUGAUGAUGAGGCCAGUGGCACAGAAAGUGCCCAAAAUGGGGAUGAGACUCUGCCAAGUCAGCCAAAGAAUGAGGUCCACAAGCUGGAGGAAGAGCAGAUGCAGGUUGUGACUCGAAUUACAGACCUUGAGCAGCAGAUCCUUGAUCUUCGUGAAAAAAAGGCAGAGCUUUGUAUGGAGACUGAAAUGGAAGUAGCACUUUUGGAAGCUGAACUACAUGAGGAAAGCAUGGUGCUGGAAAGGGAAGAAAAACAAACUAAAGAACUUCAGCAGCGACUUUCUGAUGUGGAGCAGAGGUAUCUCCGUGACAAAGAAAAGGAGAAAGCAAAGGUAGAAGUAGAAAGGCAAAAGCUGGAGGAAAAGCAGAAUCAACUUUCAAAUUUGAAAAAGCAACUGAAUACCCAUCCUGAGUCUGUGAGGGAGCAGCAUGCACGGAAGAUCCAGGAGGAGUCAGAUGCACUUGAGGCAGCACUAAAAGCUUUUGAUGACCUCGAGUUCCAGCAGCUGGAGAAGGAGAGCAGCUUGGAGGAGGAGAGAGAGACCACCCACCAGCAAAUCAUGAGGGAAAUGCACGAGCAUCAGGCUAGCUGCAGUAGGAGGAAGAAAAAAGUGCAGACACUGCAAAAUCAAAUAGACGAGAUCAAAAAGCAAAUGGCGACAGAAUGUGCAAAACUUAGCCAAGAAAAAAGUGAAGUGGUGAACUGCCUGCAUACGGAGAGAAGCCGUAAGAUGGAGCUGGAGAAGUCUUACUCUGAAGAAACUGGUGGCAGGAAAUUUUCCACAAAUCCAGAUGCAUUAAAGAGGCAGUUAUCAGUGAAGAAAGAAAGGAAACGAGUUGUCACUGAGCCUAACCAGCCUGACCAGACUACAUCCCCUGGUCACACCCAUGCAAAACACGAUACUUCUCCGAAGAAUUCCCUACUAGAAGGAAAUGGUACUAACAGCUUGCCAAGAAGACAUAGUGACAAUAAAACCAAAUCCGAACAACGACCGGUCUCUGUACAUGGAAAUGGACACCUGAACAGAAUUCACUGUCUUCAAGAAGGAACAGUAAAUCCUACCUCAUCUGAUCAGAAGACAGGCAAUACUGAGGUCCCCCAAGAUCUCUUGAUGUCAGGAGCCAAACCAUGCACGUCUCCAAGUAGCCAGCUCAGUUUCAGUUAUGCUGCCCAACCAUGCCAUAAGACAGCUGCAUUUUUUUCCAGUGGUAUAACUUCACCCACAUUGCCCUGCAGUAGCAGGACUGAAAUCCAGGAUAUUUUAGAAAUGGAACGUCGACUCCGUGAAGCCAUGGCAAAGAAAGAAGAGCUCUUGAAGGCUAUGGAAGCCAAGAAGAAAGCCAAAGAGGAAGUCAAGAGGGAAGUAAUGGAAGGACAAGAACAGGAGAAGGCGUUAGUCAGCCAACAGGCUGAAUCAAGCAUUAAAGUAUGUAAAACACAGGAGUCCACCCAGGAAUCUCGACCCCACAGCACUACAUUUGAUCUCAGGACACACUUAGAGUCAUUUGGCCACAAUGUUGAAACAUGUCGUUAUGUAACAGUAACUGGGAAUUCAUGCCGUGGUCACCUUACAAAAAUGGGAGGAAAAAUCAAAACUUGGAAAAAGCGCUGGUUUGUUUUUGAUGGACAGAAAAGACGCCUUGCUUAUUUUGCAGACAAAGAAGAAACAAAGCUGAAGGGUGUUAUCUAUUUCCAGGCAAUUGAGGAGGUAUAUUAUGAUCAUCUUCGGAGUGCACCAAAGAGUCCUAACCACAAGCUGACAUUCUGUGUGAAAACCUAUGACAGACUGUUCUACAUCGUUGCCCCAUCUGACGAGGCGAUGAGGAUAUGGAUGGAUGUAAUUGUUACAGCUGCAGAAAAUAAUAAGCAUUGAUAGUGUGACAGCAUAGAAAAAGUCACCUGCAUACACUGACUUCACCACAUGGCUACCUCCUCAGGAAUCGACCUACAGCCAUUGGAACAGUGAAUCUCUGAGUGACAGUGCAGAGUGGUACUUACCUAAGAAUAUGUCACAUUUUGCUACAGUUUACUGGGAAUAAGGUUAGGACAGCACUUUGAAUCUUUCUGUAUCUUUUUGCCUGAAGUCUCCAGGGAUAAGACUUGAUGAUUAUCGUUCACAAUAUGGUACUGAAUUAUUUUGUGCUGGAAGACUGAACAGCUUGAAUGACAAAAUAUUGGAUUGUGCCCUUUCUUUGCAGACUUUUAACACAUCAUCUCCUCCACUGGGAAGAUAUGAGAUCAGUUUUUAACAGUGCAGCUACUAAGGUUUUUAGACAAGCUGUAUACUGACUUGGCUGUACAUUUUACUUAAACUGGACUGAGUGAGCAGUGCUGCUUUGCUCAAAGAGUGCUGCAAUUGGUCACCUAAAUUAUUUGAAGAAGAAUUAGCUCUUUUAAUAAGUUCUAAUUGCUGAGAGGAAUUUACCACACUAUUUGCCAGUCAACAAAUAGCUAAUAAACUGCAUAAGACUCAAACAGGGAAUGGAAUUAAUGUCUUCCAGAAAGGAAAAAAAAAAGAGCAGCAUUGAAAAUACUGGAUUACCUUGUAUUCUUGUAUUCAAGCAAACUGCACAUAUUGGAUUGUUUUAGCAUUAAUUAUUUAAGUAUAGUAGUUAUGAGCAGGUCUCAUGUCAAAAUAGGCAGUUGUUUUGCCUCUAGAAUAUUUUAUCAUGUAAAUAGAUUAAUUGUAUAUAAGAAUAUUAAUGGGAAAAGACACUGUAAAAAUGUGUGGGAGGAAAGACUAACAUUAUCAGCUGUGUGUAAAUAAGAGAUGUCACUUUUUAAA